UUGCAGCGAUCAAAAAUAGCGGUUUACGAAAAAAUGUGGUCGUACAUGAAAUCAGCAGAGCCUUCUGUAUUUACCAAAACAACUGAUGAUGGCGUUGCCCGUGUUCGGAAAUCGAAAGGAAAAUUUGCCUUCCUGCUGGAAUCAACCAUGAAUGAAUACAUUGAGCAGAGAAAACCGUGUGACACCAUGAAAGUGGGAGGAAACCUGGACUCCAAAGGCUAUGGCGUGGCUACUCCAAAAGGCUCAGCAUUAAGGUGGGUGGAAUAAUAUAACAAUAUCUGUGUUGUUAUAGUAUUCCACCUUCCCUGAUGUGUUGUGUUUUUUUAUUCUUUACUUUCUUGUGGAUGUUUGAGGUAACAUUGUUUACACUUUUAACAUGACAGGAGGGUAAAUUAUCCAUUUCCUUAAUGCAUCUAUUUUUUUUUUCCUUUUACCUUUUUCUCUGUGUGUUGUCCUCUCUGACUGUUUGUUGCCAUUUUAAUUUUACAGUCCAGUGGCUUUUUCAAUCUAAAUGGUAAAAGCCAAGUUUAAUUGCCAUAUGAGCUGAAUGUUAAUUGCAUGAUGUGGUGUCUCUGUUUAAUUCUCUCCUUAAAGAUUGCUUAAUGUCUCACUCCUACACACAUCAGUUAUGACCAAUACCCCCCCUCAGAUGCAAGCCACCUGUACUUAAGCAAAUACUUGCUUUCGAUAAUUUAGACCUUCAUGUUGGUGAAAUUCUAGACAAUUUGUCCUCUUGUGCUCCUUUCUUAUAAAAUAUAAUAUAGUAAAUAGAGAUGUGCGAUUUUCGCUGAAUUUCAUGAAAUUCAAGCACCGUUUAAUAAUAUGCAGACUAUUAUAAAGAAAUGCAAGAAACAAAACAUUUUUUAAAGGAAAAAUAAAUUGUUCUCAAAAUAUAUUUAGUUAAUAGUCCUGCCCAUUUAAUAAUGGGAACGAAUUGCAUUGUGGGAACACAAAUAAAUCCAUUAUCUGGUGAAAAUAUUGCACUGAAGUAGAAUUUUGUGCUUAUCUAAAGUGAUGACUACUAUGUAAAAAAACAUUCUCAAUAAGGCACAUUUGAGAACAAGAUGGUUUUGCAAAAGCAGAUUUAAAAAAAUAUUCGCACAACUCUAUUCUUAAGCGUUCUGUACAUUUUCUUACAAGUUAUGUUUUAUCGUUUCAAGAAAUGCUGUUAACCUGGCAGUAUUAAAACUGAAUGAGCAAGGACUCUUGGACAAAUUGAAAAACAAAUGGUGGUACGACAAAGGAGAAUGCGGCAGCGGGGGAGGUGACUCCAAGGUCAGCCUCAAUGUCACCACAAUCGGGUACCUUAGUCAAGAGUAAUCAGCAAGACUGUUAUUUCAGUAACUAAGAGAACCAAAUGUUAGCGCACAUAUAUUGGAGCAAUGUCUCCAUUUUUAUCACAGUAGCUUUUCAAAAGUAAAUCACUGAAUGGUUGGUCUCUAUCUCUGAAUACCCGUUCCACUCAGAAACAAAGCUUUCAAGGGCUAAUGCUUACUUAAAGUGUAAUGUGAGUAAAUAGAGACCACAUAUUUGAGGCUUACUUUUGCUCUAAAAAUAUAACAUAUAGGAUGAAGAUAAUGUGUUGUGACAUCUGGUAAAAUGCUAUUACUGUAAGGUUUAUUGAAGAAGCUCGUCUUAUUUAAAUCUUUCAGUUGUGGGCUCAGGUGAAGGAAAUAACAUACUUUGACAUUAAGCUAGCAAUAGAUAGGGAACAAGUUUAUUCCUUUCUGCGACUUAACAUUCUAAGCACCACAUUCACAACACACUACUGACAGCGUUAAAGGGACACAACCAAGGGCAAUUUUAUUUUGUGUGAGCAGAAUUCAUUUUUGCAAAAAAAAAAAUGUUUGCUUUAUUUAAAUUAUAUUAGUCUUUUAUUCUUUCUUGAUAUUUAAAUAUAUAGUCAGUGACCUCUCCUGUCUGGUAAAAAAUAAAAUACUCAUUUAAUAAUAUGUUUCUGCAGAUGUUUUAGAUUUUAGACUAAUUUAUACCCUAUAUCAACAAAAAUAUGUUGACGAUUAGUACAGUGUUUUUAUUAUUUGCAAAAAUCCAACCAGGAAAACAUUCAGUGGCUUUUCGUAGCAGAUUGAAAGUGACUAAUCAAUGCUGCUGCUUUUACAAGGAUUCCCCACACUUCUGAUCACAAGCCAGGUAUUUUGUUCUCGCCAAGAAGUAGCAUGGUCAAUUAAAAUGCCUCAUUCUGAAAGUUUGGGCAUGUUUAUAUAACCCAGCACUGCUGAACAGAUUAAAGUACAGACCAGGCACUAGCUGUUUAAUUCUAUUCACCGAGAUAACAACCAUGAUAAUCACCAAGUUAAAAUAUAACUUAAAGGUAAGUUUGCCAAACUGCCUAUGUAUCUGUACACUGUCAGUAGUGAGGGACUGACUAGCAGAUUCCAAAGCUUUCUCUUCAGAACCUUAGUUUUGCCACAAGCAGAAACUUUUAGGACUUUUAGUACAAUUAUAAGCUUUCUACAUAUUAUAACUGUUAGCUGUACUACAAGCCCCAGUAAUCUUUGAUUCCAAAUAGCAUGUGUGAUGUUUUCAGAGAAACACUACAUAGAAGAGAUGGAUGGAAAAGGCUAUUUUUACAUGGUAACGACAUGAUGUAUCUCUGCUCAGGAACCUACAAAAAGGUAGCAAUUUAGAUGGAGGGAGCAUAGAAGGUAGCAUUAACAUUCUAAUAUAUUGCACUAUAGUACGCUAGAAGGUCAUCGACCAGUGUGGCAAAUUCUCAAUAUAACAAUUAAAUACUUAUGAAAACAUAUUGUUAAAAUUUGACUCAGAAGCUAUCAGGAUAAAGUUUAAGAAAAAAAUAAUUAUGGGAUUUAAAAUGAAUUUAAUGUCUGCUAAGGACAGCUUUAAUGCUCAUUCCCUGUAGUUUCUGUGCUGGAAAGCAGGGGUCUCUCUGUAGGGUGGCUCUUCUGCUCUCCGGUUAUUGUCAGUUAUUAGCACAUGGGUCUAUAAUGACUCUACGCAGUAAUGAAUAUAAACAAAGGAAGGUGAGUCUCCACCGCGUAACGCCUCUCAAAAAAUUGGCGCUCUCAUUGGGGACAAGCCUUCGCUAAAACCAAUAUGGAGAAUCCAGGGGUCUCCAGGGGCUUAACCCCAUGAUACUAGGAAAAAAGAGAGAAAAAACCAGGGCACACACCUGUUGCAAAACAGAUGAAAUGACCUAAGUUUGCCUGGAAAUGAUAAAGUAGUCAGGAGAAAAUCUAUAAAUACAUAUAAUAUGAGAGAGCUAGUAAUCCCUAAUAACAAGGUGAUUAGAAGGUUAAAAACCCUGGAUGAUGAUCAUCUAUCGUAUUCUAUGGAAAAAGUAACUGUAUGUGACUACUAAGAGCUUUAAUGUAUCUGGCUCAAUGUGUCACUACAGCAUUUAUAUAAUUAAAUCAGAUUCCAUCAAACCAGGGAAAAUAGAUGAGUGAAUCAAAUUCCUACCACUACAUGUAGAGCCUCUACAGUAUAGAGAUCUAAAUAUAUACAGAUAAUCCCAAUUUCUAUAUAACAUAAUAAGAUGCCCCAAAGGACAUCAAUAUAGUGGGUAUUAUACCUGAAAUUUUUGAUCAAAAAAAUGAAUGGAGGCUAUAGAUAGAGGAAUCACAGCUAUAUAAAGCAUAGAUAUCAUGAAGCUUAGAAUGCUUACGGCAUAUCUAUGGACAGUAUAGACGGUCAGAGAAUCCUCAGAAGUGAUUCUUAGUGAAACUGGUAUUCAAGAAAUUGUGACCUUUACCAUGAGUCUAGCACAGCUACUGUAGCAUUUCAGAUGAGUCAGGCAUUCCAAACCUGGCAUACCUUUUUGUUAUUCCUUUAACAGUGUGUGCUGAUUACUCAAAGCGAUAUAGGCAGGACCUGGUAAUUUAGCAUCACUUAUAGUGUUAAAACUAAAGUGAUAUACAGGUUGCCUGCAGUUCAAGAUCUUUGUGUCCAGGAUCCCUGCUUUAUCGCUUUGUAUAGUUUGAAAGUAGUAUUAAGAUUGAAUAACAUAAAAUAACAUAAUAUAAUGUUAUUUAUGUUAUUUCCCACGUGAAGAACUCCUGUAAACCUUGCAGUAUUGAAACUCAGUGAACAAGGCAUCUUAGACAAGCUGAAAAACAAAUGGUGGUACGAUAAGGGUGAAUGUGGAGCCAAGGACUCCGGAAGUAAGGUCAGUCGCAGAAGGUCUUUUGAAUUGAUUAGAAGUCCCAUUUUUACUCACUUUCAUACACACAAGUUUUUGUUGUUGUUUUUUUCUAUUUGAUUUUAUUUUUUAUUAAAGUGCAUUUUUUCUACGAGAAAUAAUAGCACCAAGUGACAAUACUCUAGGCCUUACAUUUCAGAUAAUUUUUUUAAUUACUGAUUUUGUAUUAGACUACUGUUUAUUCAAAUCUAUUGUUCUAUUUACACAAGGAGUGGGCGGCAGCACGGUAACAUGGCUGUUUAAUACAGAAGCAGAUACAAACACACAAAAUAAAGCCAUACUAUUAAACUCCCACUACACAAUGGCAGCAGCAAUGGCUGCAGUAUUCAUCAGCCAAAUAUAUAGAGAAUAAAUGCAAAAAAAAAAAGUUACCUGCGCACUAUCUCAAAUCCCUAUGCACAUUUAAAUAAUAAAUAAAAAGAAUAUGCCCCUUUUUUUCUUUUCUAGUUUUCACAGCAAUGUUUCAGCCAGCUGCUUGACAAUAAAUUAAAUUUUUAUUUAACCAGCAUAGAUGCUUUAAAAUAUUAAUCAGGCCCGUUUUUAAAACGCACAUAAUGUACACAUAGCAUCGAAAUCAUUUUUUUGAAAUAGAAGAUAUUACUCUCUUUUUCUUUUUUUCUUUUAUUUAUAUAUUAGAGUGUUGAUUAGAUCACGCCAUUCUACAUUCAUAUUUCUUGUGCAUUCACUUAUUUCACUGCUGUAUAGUUGUUCACUACAUUUUGGGAGUAUUUAUUGUAAAUAAAACAUGGCAGAAAUCCAAAAUGAUAAUUGAAUGCAGUGGUUCUCUCUCCACUUCUUAAGGACAACUAUAAGUUCAGGACUCCAGAGAUAUCCAUUUAUCUUCAAACAAGCCUUAUACCACUUCAUCUUUAAAUCUAUCCUCAGAACCACCUAACAAGCCAGAUGUUCAUAAUAUACCUACUAUAGCAUACUCCAUCAAAUCAAAGGCCCCUAUUAACUGAAAUGCCAGGAGUAACUGCAGUAGGAUGUCGUCAAAUCAAGGCCUAUUGGUGGUUGUUAAAAGUAGAUUUAAAGACCUCUAUCCUAAACCAUUAGUUGUUAAUGGGAACUGGCUUGAUAAAAAAUUUGACAGAGAAGUGAUAUUUUUUUUCUCUGAAACACAUCAUUAGCUGUAUACUCAUAGUUGAUAUUUUUCAAAUUUUUUUUCUAUAUUUUAUAAUUCUACAUAUUGAGAUAGAUGUAGCAACACACUUAUAUAUGUAUUUUCCUUUAACGUACAAAGAAUUAUUGCAGCCAGCAUUUUUCUUUUAGAAAAAGCUAAAUUAAGAUUUUAUAUAUUUGAACAGUUAAUAAAAAAAAUAUAGUACUUUAAAACUAGUGUCUUAAAAGUAUGGGAACGUGUGAAGUUAUACUAUCGCUUCAACUCUGGUUUAGCAAUAAAACAACUUCACACUAUGUCAUACUUUUAAGCCAAUGCACAUUUUAAAUACAGUAUCUUGUGCUAAACAUAAUAACAAUAUACUUACUUCUGUCUACAAAUUGCCUAAAACUGUAGGAAAUUAAUAUAUGUAUAUAUACAUACAUAUUCUCUACAUUCACCAAAAAUAAAAAUCAGACUUCUACUGUUCAAUAGAGAUGUCGCGAACCGUCCGCGAACAUCUCGCGAACGGUUCGCCACGGUUCGCCACGAGCUGUUCGCGGCGAACUCCGGUCAGCUGACACGUCCCGGCCAAUCUCCAGCAGACCCUCCCUCCCAGACCCUGCUACUUCCUGGACAGCAUCCAUGUUUCAAUGCUGUCCAGGAAGUAGGAGGGUCUGGGAGGGAGGGUCUGCUGGAGAUUGGCCGGGACGUGUCAGCUGACUGGAGUUCGCCGCGAACAGCUCGUGGUGAACCGCAGCGAACCAUUCGCGAGAUGUUUGCGGACGGUUCGCGACAUCUCUACUGUUCAAGUGUUCAGAUAGACAUAGCUGCACUUGGUGAUUUUAAUGUUUUCAUGUACGUGCAUGUAGUUAAUUGGUUGUCAGUCAACCAUAAAUUAGAUUUUGAAACGUUUCAUUACAAGCUAUAAAGGAUGCAGUAGGAAGAUAAGAGUUAACCAACCAAUAAAAAAAUUAAAAACUACACUUAUAUUUUGUUUAAACAUAGCUUGCAAUGAUUAAGUUGAAUGAUUUGUCCUCUGCAAGAAAGAGAAUAAUAAUAUUGGGGAAUUGUAAGCACAAAUGAUUAACUUUUUCCAAAUGUCCAGUAAAACUAACAAAGUUGUUCAUUUUUCUUAGGACAAGACAAGUGCACUCAGUCUAAGUAAUGUCGCAGGGGUGUUUUAUAUACUUGUUGGAGGUCUUGGACUAGCCAUGAUGGUGGCUCUAAUAGAAUUCUGUUACAAGUCACGAGCAGAAUCCAAAAGAAUGAAAAUCACAAAGAAUGCACAAACCUUUAAACCUCCCCCAGCAACCAGCACACAGAAUUAUGCUACGUACAGAGAAGGUUACAAUGUCUAUGGAACAGAAAGCGUUAAAAUUUAAGGGUACGAUGGUCAAGCUAGAUAUUGUAUUAUAUUUCAUUGCUUUGUUUUAGCCUGUUCUAUUUUUACUUCCCAAUUUUAGCAACAUCUUCAAACGCAAUAGCUGCUUUAUAUUGGUGAAAAGAAUGUUGUUGUUUUCACAUGUCUGUCUUCAUGUCAUGCAUGUCUUCUUCACUAGGUAGAACAUUGCAGGCUAAAGAUGUAGACUUAGAUUAAUGCUCACAAUUAGUAGAAAAUUAGAAAUGUAAUUUAAAACAUGCCACAUUUUUGUCCACUAUAGUAGAACAUUAUGUAUAGCAUGAGUUAGAGAUUAAUAAUUGAAAACAUAGGUGUCAAUAAGCAAACAUUCAAUUAUAUAUGUAGUUUUUACUCAUGUACAGUUAGUGAACCAAAGACAGGAUAAGUGAGCCAAAAAAAAUCAGAAAUUUACAGCAUGACAUUCUAUAUAUUUAAGUAUCAAUAUAGCAGUGUCAGUUUAAAUUGUGUACUAUAAAAGGUGUACCAUGUAGCAGGAGUUGCCAAUCUUCGGCACUCCAGUUAUUGUGGACUACAUAUCUCCUGAUGCUUUGCCAGCAUUAUGGCUUUAAGAGCAUUAUGGAAGAUGACGUCCACAACAUCUGGAGUGAUGAAGGUUGUCUAACCCUGCUGUACAGUAUGUAAUUCCACAAACAACACUCUAUAAUGUACCGCAGCAUGUGAGGUGACUGUAAUGCUUAGUAGGCACCAAUUUGGUUAGAUUAAACUACUCAAAAUCUUAUUUGUGGCCAUAUAGAUCUGUAGUUCUCAAUCUAAAAUCCAUAAUCUAAGCCGUUGGCCGAGUUCAACUUUUAGCAGUCUGAAAAGUUGACGAUUAGAAGGCUGACUAUUUUUUCUAGUCUUACACAACUUGAACUGUGCGACUGCGAGUCAUCUGCAAAACGUGACUCCGCAACUGACUUCCCUUUACUGAUAGCUGUUUUUCCCCAUGAUUACCUGAAAUUGCAUAUUAGUGAGAAUUGAAACAACUUGAUCUUUAGUUAGUAAAUCCAUGAAUAUCCCCUGUGUGUUUUUAUUACUUUAUUAAAGGGUGUAUCAUAUCGUCUAGCUAUAAGAAUAAACAGACUUGUCCAUUAUCUCUUAAAACUCUGUAUUAAUAUAUUUUACAGACCAUUACUAUGAAGAACCAAGAGAACCAAGAGAUCUGACGAAAACUUGUGAGCAAGGCUUCCUCUUAAAUCCUGACCACCUGAGCCAGUUAAAAUCUUUCCUUGGUGUCAGGAAUGACACAAACUGCUGAUGGUGCAGAACUUUUAGUAGACAGAACUGAUUUUUUUUUCCUUCAGUGCCUUAUGGAACAUUCUGAGACUCAAAAUCAAUGCAAACCAUCACUGAAAUGCUAAUGCUUUGCUUGAAAAACAAAAUAUAAACUGGCCACAAGACAAGGAACUCAUGUAAGAAAAUGUACUCUUGUAAAGUACAAUUUCUAUAAAAAGCCAUUGUUUAAUAGCACUCUACGGGGCCUUCGAGGCCCUGCAUGCACUUUAACGGUGCAUUAACACUCUCUUGUGGUUUAGAAAUACAUCUCCACACCAGGUAAAGACAUACAUGUAUUAUGUUCAUUGUAGUUAUUUUGCUGUAUGUUUCACUAGAAGCACUCAGACUGCCAGGGGAAAAAUUAUAAGAAAAUUAAAUCCAUUAACAUUGUUACCAGUCUGAAUACUCACAAUCUGAAGGCACAAAGCAUGGAAAGAAAUGUGGUUGAGACUGUUGGGUUAAUGCGAAGAAGUCAUGCAAUUACGAAAUACCCUUGAGUAUUAAAAUGUUAAAUUAUAAAUAUCUCUAAUUUUUAUUUGGAGAAGUCAAAGAGGUAUACAUAGAAUAUUUUUAGCAUAUUGCUGCAGUGAAUGCACUUUUAUGUUAACAGUUGUUACACUAAUUUGUCUUUAUUGUUAGUCUCAGUGAUCCUGUCUGUCAGAAGUCACAAUGCUGUCUAUCGGGUAAGAACGUCCCAUGAAAAAGACAACUAGCAGCAUUCUCUAGGUUCUUCCUAAUAUGUCCAAUUGUAUAUGUAUUUUUACCAGUAUGUUUGAUUACUUAUUCUGAACAAUUAUCAGAUACAUGAAUGUACAACAUAGGAGUAAGAUUAAUGAUAUCCUAUUGGUUAUAAAUUUAAUCCUCAAGUGAAAUACUAAAUAAUGAAUCAGUUACUUUAAAACCCGAUACACUUUUGUGCUAAACACUAAUUGGAACGUAAAUAUCCAGAGGAUAAAUUCAAUUAUGUGUCUAAAAUAAUGUCAGAAAUAAUUAUCUGUCUCUUAAAAAAUAAUUGUCUUUUGUCUAUUAAUGUGUUGACACCACUUUGUCAUGAUCUUCCUUGUGUGUCUCCAAUUCUGCCAUGGUGAUUAGUUUUUCAUUUUGUUUGAGAGAAUAAUUAUUUUGUUUAACAAAACACAAAAAGGUAUAACACGUCAGUUCAUAACAUAUUUUCUACUACACCUUUGUCAAAAUAACUAUUUUUUAUUGUUUAGAAUAACUGUAUGUUCUCAGUUAAAGGGGGGGAAAUAUUUUUUGUACUUUUCCUUUAUAAGAGUGUGGCAAACCACACAGGGUUAAUUCACUAAACAGAAUUGUGAAAGGAAUUUGAUUUUUUGGGGCCAAAAUUCACGAAAAAGAAAAUACGAUUUAGCUAUUUGAACUAAAAUGUGAGAUUCCAUACUCAUUUAAGAGUAUUUUAUCUAGUAAAUAAAAAAUAAUAAAAAGCUAUCCAAUUUUGCAAUUGUUAAUGUAUGUGCCCCAACAUGUAUUAAAAGAGAAAUAUAUCACAUGGUGGUUUUUACAGAUUUUAUACAAGUCGGUUGGCAACUCACCGUGACCAGCAAUUUAGCGAGAAGACCCAAAUGUUCAAAAAUACUUGCCACCUCACAAAUAUAUUUGUUUAUCUUAAAAAAGCAAAGAAAGAAUACAACAAUACUGCAAAGGCAAAAUAUCGUGAAUUUUUGAAUUCUGAGCUAGUUUUCUGAUCCUUGUAUCAUUUCACCUAAUUAAAAAUUGUUGUUGUUUUUUUCUGCUUCUAAAUUAAUUUUCCUCUCCUGUAUUUUGUACAAUGCAUUACUACAGUAUGCAUCAGUAUAUUAUCAAAGAAAGGAAACAAAUUAUUAGUGAGAGGUAAAUACUCACAGAUAAAUAGCAUAAUGUUAUGUAUUCCUAAUGAACGGUACACAUAGAAUUAUGAAAAAAUAUAGUUAGAGUUAUCGUGAGGUUUAGGGGUAAGGAAGACAUUGCGUAGAACAGGGGGGAAAUAGGUGGGAAAUGUACUAUUGACGUAAUGGUUAAAAUCAGGGUUAGGGGCUAGUUUGGCCUAUCCUCAACUCAUAUUCUAACUUUAAAUAUAUUACUUAAGUUAGUCACAGACAGUGUUGUAAUUAUAACUCUAAGCCCAAAUUUCAUGAAUGCCCAAAUGUAAUCUCAAACACCAAACCUAAUUUAAACCCUAACUUUGAGCCAGAAUAUCCUAACUCUUUCUGUAGAAGUGAACACCCUAACCUUAAACUUCACUGUACUAUUACUUUUCUUGUAGAACUUCACCAAGCAGCCAUCUUUAGUCAGUGUGCCUGCAAGUUCCCAAAAGAUCAGAUAACAGAUAUCUUGGGGUAACCAAUGUAUCAUGAACCCACAGAGCAGAAUGGGUUCUGUAGUGAACCGUGACGCGAUGGCUAGCUAUUUUCUUGCUUAGUAAAUUAAUAUUGCUGUUUAGUUCAUUAUAACCUUCUAGCACAUGCUUCAGAGUUAAUUUAUCAAGUGAUGUUCUAGAUCCAGAACCUAAUUCUAAACUCACAUUUAUUUGAAGCAGGAUUAUCUGUGUAACAUUAUUCCGUAUAAGAAAGAGGUGGAUUAUAUAUUUAAUUCUACAAUCAUUUAUUAGUAGGCAUAUUGUGUAGCUCCUAUCUGCAUGAAAGCUAAAGCGAGUCAUUAUUUCUAGAAAAUAACGCUGACUUCCCUGAUAGUUUUAAACUUGGCAGAUCAAGCACUUCUUUAAAAAUCAAUAUCUCAUAAACAUUUUAAUUUAAUUGAUAAUUACUAUACUCUAUACAACAGAGUGCUAAAGGAACACUUGUUAUGAAAUAUAUUGCAGAACAUCAAUUUCAAUCUAUUUCUCUAUACAACGUGCAAGCCAAGCCACUAAUAAAUGUAUAGGUUAGCAAGUAUUUUUAAAUUAAUAUUUUGAUAUUCUACAUUUUGCACAAUUAGAUUAGAUUGAUGGGUAAAUGGUUUAGAUUGAUGGGUAACUGGUUUAGAUUAUUUUAGUGAGACCAUGUUUUAAAAACCCAUACUGCAUGGUGAGUGAUGUCAUCCAUGCAAUAUUCCCGGUAAUAAACAGUUGGACUACAACCAUACAGUGCAGGGUUCUGAAUCUCAGAGCACUGCUAGAACUUGGUUUUCCUUGACUACCUGAAAUUAGAGGAGUUCAAUUACCGAAUUACAGGUUCGUUAUGCUGCUGAUUCCACUUUAAUUCAGUCUUCUCCCGAGCUGAUUCAAUUAAAUUGUAACUCUGGCAAUUCUCAGGAAGUCCAAGACAUGUAUGUCCCAGUAACAGUGAAUACCCAAAAUUCAUCUUUUCAUUUAGCAUACAGUGCGAGAAGUAUAACUGAUUAAUACUGUAGGUUCAUGUAGAAUAUUUAAAGCCAUUACUUUAGUUGUAUCCAUAAUCACUCAUUUUAGGUAACACCAAGCUACUUUGGAUAAACUAGUGGUCAGGUACUUACAAGUUAAUAUACCUCCACUCAUUUCCAUAACUCUACAUUUAGAAUCAUGUAAAGGUUAACAUAUCUUACAUUACACACAAGGUUCCACUUUCUACAAUGUUAGAUUUUAAAAUAAAAUUUCAUAACCAUUCCGAAUUCCAAUCUGCCAAAUACAAAUGAUACACUCUCAAAACAGAUGAUGCACAGUAGGGGAUAGUUCUUGAACACUCAUUGUUAACAACCAGCUAUAUUUCUUGUUUUAUUACCAGAUGGUUACAUUGUUAUAGCAUGAUGACAAUGUAACGCACCGAAAAAAAUUGUAGCACACCUGGGAUAUGUCAAACUGAUUAAGAUUCUAAGAUAAAUAUUUGCUUGGUGUUGUGCUAUAAAUGUAUUUACAUUAAGUCGGUCUCUAGUAACUAGUGUGUCUAGAACUUAAUUUUUAUUUUUUUUAUUCUAAAAUGUAUUAUUUGUUAGCCCGCAGGAAAUUCUUACACACUAUGCUAUAUUUGCCUUACCCCUGUGUUGUAUAUUACUCACACCUUCAUUUUUUCCUUUAUAUACUUUGCUCUCAUCUCCAGGGCUUAGACUCUGUAGCUUUGAUACCUCUACUUAAUAGACCUCUUGAUAUUGUUUACCAUAUUCUCUCAUGGCCUCUGAUUUAUAGUCAAGUGUCCCAAAGUCAUGGACCUUACAUGUACAUAGGCAUACGUUGUAAAAUUGACCAUAAUCAAGCAUCUUCACAAGUUGAUAUCUAAGUAACCUGUGUAGCGCAAGUCCUCCGAGCACAUUUAUCAUGAGAAAUAUAGACCCACAAGCACCAAAAUCAUAAAGUCCAAUCAGCUCCAUUAAACACAGGAUACAUAGUAGUUGUCUUGUUACAAAAACACAGAUAUGUAAUGUACUAUAUUUCCAAAAGACUAUGAAGAAAGGCCUUCUGAUCUCAUACUUUCUCAGCUGGCAGCACAUUAUAGAGCAGAGACUUUUGAGAAUUAUUAGUGGACACUGGCUGAGAAAUGAGACCUUCUAAUAAUGGAACUGUGAUUUUUUAUUUUCAAGGUCUUAAUGCUAUUAAUAUCCCAAUAUGGGAAAUAUGAGCUGUGCAUAAAAUUACUAAAAAAAAAAAAGAGAUUUUUCCUAGAUGUAAUUUUAAACCAUUCUGAGAUAAUGGGGCCAAAAGACCAUUGCAUCAUGGCAACAUCUGUCAAAGAAUGGGGUAAAAAUAUAAGUUUAUUGAAUGACGUUAAUUUUUAAGAGUGUGAGCUUCGUACAGAAGCAAGGAUGUUCGGUAUUUUUUAACAAAACAAAAUGCAUGUAAAAUAUUGAUUGCUUACAAUUUCCUGCUAAAACUGCAAAUGGUCAGCAGUAGAAUAUUUUUUUUUAUUUUUUUUUUGUAAUUUCUUUUUUUUUUUUUUUGGAUUUAUUUCUAACUGCAGACUGAUAAGCAGUAAAAUUGCCAAGCAAACUUACGGCUGUAAAGAAAAAGAAAAAAAUAACUGCAUGUGUGGACAGAUUACCAGGCCUCAUUUAAAUGAGGCAUGUACAAAGUUUUAAUACAUUUUUGUAAAUAAAACUGUAAAGAAAAGACUGAUUUUUUUUAAGUUGGAGUUGUGUGUAUGUCAAUCAAAAUAAUCAUGAAUCAUGUUAGUUAUGUUAAAUGGAGG